AUGUUUAAGAUACUCCUAAUCACUGCAGUCGUCGCGACGGUCUAUGCAAGACCCCAAGAGGGACAUGGUCACAGUCAUGGUCAUGCAUACUCUUCACAGAACAUAGUACUUCACCAGGCUCACGAGACUAAGCAUGAACCUCAUCAUGAGCACCACCUCCAGAAACAUGAAGAACACCACAACUAUGAGGAACAUAAAGACAAUGAACACCACGGCCAUCAUGAACACCAUGUCGACUACUAUGCCCACCCGAAGUACGAGUUCGCAUAUGAAGUUAAGGACCCCCAUACCCAUGACUUCAAACACCAACACGAACACCGUGAUGGUGAUGUCGUAGUUGGUGAAUACGCUUUACAUCAGCCCGAUGGUACCAUCAGAAUUGUGAAGUACCACGCAGACAAAAAAACUGGAUUCAAUGCUGAUGUCAAAUAUGAGGGUCACGCCAAACACAUCGUACUUCUAGUCACAGCAGUCAUCGCGACGGUCUAUGCUCGACCCCAGGAUGGACAUGACCAUAAUCAUGGCCAUGCAUACUCUUCACAGAACAUAGUACUACACCAGCCCCACGACACUAAGCAUGAACCUCAUCAUGAGCACCACCACCAAGGACAUGAAGAACAGCACAAACAUGAGGAACAUAAAGAAAAUGAACACCACGGCCAUCAUGAACACCAUGUUGACUACUAUGUAUGUUGA